CGCAGUCAUUAGAUAUUUACAACGACUCGUUUCAAGUUCGAACCGGAGCGAAGAAAACAAAAUAGAGAAUUGAGAAACGACUGGGCGAAAUUCGAAUGCCAACGAUGGAGCUCCCGCCAAGAGUGCUAUACCCACGGCGGUUCCACGCCUCUCCGUCGCAAUACACGAAGGCGGCGCCGCCCGAUCUCCGAGAUAAGCUCGCGACGCUGGUCGAUCGCAACGAGAAAGUGAAAAUUGCGUACCGUCGACUCCAAGCGCAGAUCGCAUCCGGCCUUGCCGAGGCAGGGGAAGUGUUCGAGUCAUUGGCGAUCCCUUUGACGAAGCUGGUUGGGUUGAAAACGUCGGAGAUGGAGAGCGAAGGGAGACUCUCUACCUUCAUCUUCAACACUGAAAGACAUCAUAUGGAUGAUACUUUCGAAAACGGAGUUCGAUCUGAUGAUCUGAACAAUCAAAUCCGCCGUUCAAAGGAAGAAAACUAUGCUGCUAAACUCGAAUCUGCCCGAAAAGAGAUCGUCCGCAACCAUAAGGGGCAAUUGAGACAGCUAGUCCAUAUGCUUAAGCACAUUGAAACACAAGUGAAUUCGCAUCGGGAAGACAUUGUGCAGAUGCUUGACGAUGGCAGAAACUCUUUCCAAGAAUUCAUCCAGAAAUCUCUUUAUUACCUAAACUCGGUUCACAGCCAAAACGGUGACACGUUUCCAGCCACAGUGAAGCUCCUCCGGGUCCUAUUUAAUAACAUCAAGGAGUUGCUUGGUUCAGUAGAUACUGGUGUCGGUGAUCUUAUGCAGGCUUUAGCAAAGAAUAUGUGUAACCCGAUGUCCAAGUACGUAGGGAACUUGGCAGCUGAAGUAAAGCUUGGCCCUUGUGUGCAACUGAUAAAUGUAGUGAAUGAGAUGGAGAGAGCCAACGCAGAUACAAGGAGAGAGCUGGAAGACGCUAGAGAAAGGAUUAGACUUGCAGAAGAGACCAAGAUGGAGGCUUUAUCAAGGCUGAAAAAGGUUGAAGAUCAAGUUCAGAGAAUGGCAAGCUCUGCCAGGUUUCUUCUACCCGCAAGUCAGAAGAAGCAACCGGAACACUCAGUUAACGGAAAGCGUAUAUGCAGUGAAGGAAGCCGAGAAAGCGAAGAGAAACUACUUUGGAAUCUACUGAGCAAAAGGAGAAAGCUUCAAGAACCAGAGAGUCCAAUGGGACCGAAAGAGCUCAUCAGACAAGCCGGCACGAAGCACAAGCCAUUGGUGUAUAGUCGACGAAUGACUAGGAGCCAAACAAAGUUAAGCUCUCCAACAGGUUGUCCUGAUGCUUUGAUCCCACUUGGUGUGUCGCCUUCUGUAAGAACAGUAAACUGGAGGAGAAAAGGCGGGGAAAAAUAAUAAUUAACGGAAUAUAACAGCAACGAUCCGAAGAGGCUGGCUUUAAUCACGUGGUUCAGACCUUGUGAAAAAACAAUGAAAGAUAUGGGGCAAAAGAAAAAGAAUUGCUUGAAACAUUGGG